AUUGGUGCCUUGGCGAAGAGUAUUUCGCAUGGAGAGAACCUUCGAGCUGAAGGCAAAGGUCACCAUUCCUGUCUAAAGGUGAAGCAGACCGAGCCUUGAAUUGAGAAAGAUUUGCUGACUAUCGGUUUUGGUGUCAGCAUCACCGAUCGCCAUGCUUGAUUCGUUUUUUAACAAGGGUUUCAAAGCGGCGAAAUGCAAAACGCUGCUGAAGCUGACAGUUCCGAGGAUAAAGCUUCUGCGGAAUAGAAGAGAGAUUCAGCUGAAGCAGAUGCGAAAAGAUAUUGCCAAUCUUCUCGAGAAUGGGCAAGAAGCUACUGCCCGUAUUAGGGUGGAGCACAUAAUUCGAGAGGAGAACAUGAUGGCUGCACAAGAGAUCAUUGAAUUGUUUUGUGAACUCAUUGCUGUCCGCCUUCCAAUAAUUGAGAUUCAAAGGGAAUGUCCAUUAGACCUCAAAGAAGCAAUCUCAAGCAUAUGCUUCGCAGCGCCGAGGUGCUCAGACUUGCCUGAACUGUUUCAGGUACAGAUUUUAUUUGCGAGCAAAUAUGGGAAGGAAUUUGUUGCAGCUGCUACAGAACUGAUGCCAGAUUGCGGAGUAAAUCGCCAGAUUAUUCAAUUAUUGUCUGUUCAUGCUCCUUCUGUGGAAACAAAAUUGAAACUUCUCAAGGAAAUUGCUGAAGAGCAUGAGGUAGACUGGGAUCCAGCUGCAACUGAAUCCGAGUUUCUUAAGCCACAUGAAGAUUUAUUGAACGGACCAAACUACAUCAGUGGCAGUGCUGCAUUGCCUCUUCCAAAAGAGAAGCAUAUUGCUUCUCCCAGUAGGAACACUGUAGAAGAGAUAGACCAACCUGAUUCAGAUUCUGGUGUUGAUUCAUGGGAUUUCCCAGAAGUGCCAAGAAGUUCAGUUCAAGCAGAUUCAGAUUCCCCUCAAUCACCAGCCAUUGUUCAUCAUCCACAUCCUCCUCCUUCCCCGUUCAAUUCUGAGGUUGGACAAGAGGAACCAAAGGAGAAGAAGCAGUUUAUCCCCUUUGUGUCUCCACCUUCUCCCCCAUCUCCACCACCAGCUCCAUUACAUGCAAAGUUAACAGAGGCAUCUACUCCCCCCUCUCAAGUCAAGUCCGAGGCCAAAGAAGACCUACAGGAUGUCCUGGCUGCUGCUCAGGCAGCUGCAGAGUCUGCUGAGCAAGCUGCUGCUGCUGCUCGUGCUGCUGCAAGCCUUGCCCGGCUUAGAAUCGCCGAGCUUAAUAAAAAGAGCCAAUCCUUUCAUGAUUCUGAGAAUGGAGUGAAUCAAGGGGAGAAUCCAACAUGGAACCAGCACAAUUUAGAUGAUGAUGUAAAGCAUGUUCCUUCUUGGGAUUCAGGCACUCCAACCCAAGAUUUAACCAAGAUGGAAGCUGGCUCACCUGAUUAUACAGGAUUGAUUCCAGACUAUAACAGAGAUCAUAAACCUCAGAGAUCUACUUCGCUGGAGGAUUAUCCAUAUUUCAGCUACCCUAACCUGUUCAGCAGCAGGCAAGAUUCUAAUCUCCAUUCGAGUUUCUCUUCCCCGGAGAAUUCUCGGCCAGCUCAUGAUUCGUGACAGCAGUGUCGAACAACAUUCGUGUUUCUUACCUUCCAUUAUUUGUGCCAAUUUGGUAUUUGUACUGUAAUGUUCCUUCAGAGCAGAGGUGUGAUUCCUGUCUUAGUAGAGUUUCACUUGUUAAAUUUCAACGGUCUGUCUGUACAAGCAAAUGGUUAUAAUUGCCCUUCUUCAUCAACUCGAUGGACUACUGGCUUUUCAA